UCCAGUGAUGGUAACUCGGACUAGUGCGCUCAGCUGGGGAACAUUGCAGCUGCGAGCGCACGGUUUUAGCACUUAAGUCAAUAUUUCAUUGGGAAUUUAUUUUUUAUUUAAUACCUUUUCUGCGGUUUAUCAAGCGGUUUCCAUCCAGCUUCAUUCCGAGCACUUGGUUACUUGUUUUUUGCACAAGCUCUCCAAAGCAUCAGUCAUGCCUGCCAGGGGUGGUAUCUUCUACACUCUUCCAAUGUCUCUUCCACCACCAAUCGUUGAAGAACCCAGGGACCUCUGGGAUGGACAGUGUGUGGACUUGUCUCAAAGAUGUUCCAGUGUUUCCAGUUCUGACUGUGAAUCCCUUACAAGCAGCGACUCCUUCUCUGAACCCGACUUUGAUGACUUUGAAAACAUUUCCAUACCAGACUCUGAGCUCCUCUGUGACCCUGAAGGAGAACAACUGUGUCCUAGUCUACUCAAGAUGAUAAAAAGAAGCCUGAACAAAGCCAACAUUAACUCCUUGAGAUGUUCCAAGCUCCUCCUCCCCGAUGAUCUUCUUUGCCAUUUGGGCCAAGAACUGAUGCAUCUAGCAUACAGCGAGCCUUGUGGACUCAGGGGUGCACUUAUUGACCUUUGUGUGGAGGGCGGCAAGGACUGUCACACCGUGGCACAGCUGGCGGUUGAUCCAUCUGUAGUACCUACUUUCCAGAUGACCAUCUUGUUUAAAUUGGACUCUAGGUUGUGGCCUAGAAUUCAGGGACUCUUCAGCACCAAACCAGUCCCGGGGUCUGGGCAGUCCUUGAAACUCAGCCCUGGGUUCAAGGUUCUUAAGAGGAAACUGUACAGUUCUGAAGAGCUUAUAAUUGAAGAAUGUUAAGAUGUUUGAUGUACUGACAUUGUCUGUAACAUGGGCUACUGCAAUCACAUGCAGGUUUAAUGGGGUCUACAAUUGCUGACUGUGGCACCUUUUUAAGGGUGAUAAGUGUGUGUGUUUUGUUCUUUUCUUCUUACAGAAAGUAUUUUAGAUGGUUAACCCCUGUGUUGCCAAGUUCCUGGGGUUUUUUUUUUCUGUUUUUUUUUCUGUCUGGUGACAUGGGGGUUUACCUUCCACUGCUAAGUUUAAUGAGCAACCUUUGCUGUGCAUGGAUUUCUGCACUGAUAAUGACAUGAUCGUGUACAUGGUGAAGCUUUGAGUUUAAUAUUUCGGGGGGGGGGGGGGGGGGGUGUUAGCUCACAAUUGUGACUACAUUUGCAGUGGGAUGCACAAAAGUAUUGAAGUUUAGUAUUAAGUGCACUGGGCGUACUGCAAUUAUUUUUUCUUUGUAUGCUUUGGCAGCUGGUCUGCACUAAAGGUGGUCCGGUUCUACCUCUUAUAGAGGGUGAGUUGUUAACUGAAAACCCAAAGUACAAUUUAUUUUUGGGACCAAUUUUUUUUUUUUUUUU